AUGUUUGUUCAGCAAUACAUCUAUUCCAAUAAUUAUCAUUUUUCUUCUCUCUCCUUGCUUCUCUCAACAUUUCCCUUACUUUCUCUCUAUUGUUCUCAGUCUUCAUCUUGGCAACUUCACUCUCUCCUUAGUUUUCUGCAGACUUUUCUCUCUAAUGUUCUUCUGCAUGAUUUAAGUGAUAACAAUCGCUCUUCUCUUUCUCAGUGCAAUGACACUUUUCAAUUCAUUUCCCUCUUGCUCUUCUUUCUUUUCAUCUGUAAUUUGAAACUUUACUCUCUCUCUCUGUUUCAUUUCAUCUCUGAGAAGAAGAUCACAUUGAACACACGAGAGUCCACCCAGCCGUUUAGCAAUGCUGAAAGCCAUCCUGCAGAUUCUACCUCCUCUUCAUCCACUGCAGCCCAAAGAAUUAAAUUUAACAUCAACACAAAUAACAGUUUAUACCUGCUCAGCCCAUCUAGUGACAGUCAUUUAUUGCCAAGGCCAGUGACCAUGCCAAAUUUGUUUAAAUGUGUGUUGCAUAUAAUGAAUGUGAAUAACUAUGAACUAGCUAGUCUCUCUAGCUAUGACUGUUACUGUAUGUGUAUAUCUAUCUAUCUAUCUAUCUAUCUAUCUAUCUAUCUAUCUAUCUAUCUAUCUAUCUCCGGCUAUUCUUAUAUCUAUCUAUCUAUCUAUCUAUCCAUCUAUUCAUUAUUCUUAUCUAUCUAUCCAUCUAUUAUCUAUCUAUCUAUCUAUCUAUCUAUCUAUCUAUCUAUCUAUCUAUCUAUCUAUUAUCUAUCCAUCUAUCUCCAUCUAUCUAUCUAUCUAUCUAUCUAUCUAUCUAUCUAUCUAUCUAUCUAUUCUUAUCUAUCUAUCUAUCUAUCUAUCCAUCUAUCUAUCUAUCUAUCUAUCUCCGGCUAUUCUUAUCUAUCUAUCUAUCUAUCUAUCUAUCUAUCUAUCUCUAUCUUAUCUAUCUAUCUAUCUAUUCUUAUCUAUCUAUCUAUCUAUCUCCGGUUAUCUAUCUAUCUAUCUAUCUAUCUCCGGCUAUUCUAUCUAUCAUCUAUCUAUCUAUCUAUUCAUUCUAUCUAUCUAUCUAUCUAUCUAUCUAUCUAUCUAUCUAUCUCCGGCUAUUCUUAUCUAUCUAUCUAUCUAUCUAUCUAUCUAUCUAUUCUUAUUCAUUAUCUAUCUAUCUAUCUAUCUAUCUCUAUCUAUUCAUCUAUCUAUCUUAUCUAUCUAUCUAUUCUUAUCUAUCUAUCUAUCUAUCUAUCUAUCUAUCUCGGCUAUUCUUAUUCAUCUAUCUAUCUAUCUAUCUAUCUAUCUAUCUAUUCUAUUAUUCUUAUUAUCUAUCUAUCUAUAUCUAUCUAUCUAUCUAUCUAUCUAUCUAUCUAUCUAUCUAUCUACAUAUAUAAAUUGUUGAAAGAAGUAUUCAGAUCCUCUCCUUCCAUACAUUUUUUUCCCUUCUCUUUUCCUUCUCUCAACCCUACCCCAGAAAGAACCUUUUUUUGCUUUUCUUUAAGCUUCAUUUUUUUCCUCUCCUUUUGUUUCUUUUUUCUUUCUCUUUCACUCACUAUUUUGUUGCAAAUAACUCUUCUCUCUGCCUCCAUCAAAAUUUUGCAUUGCCAUUCUCUCUCUCUCUCUCUCUCUCUCUCAACCUCUUGUUGUAUAUUUCUCUUUUCUCCCUCCUCAUAUCUUUCACCGCUCUGUAUAUCUCUUUAUUGUAAUCUUUCUUUCUGCAUUCUCUUUUCUUUAACAGAAAUUCUUCCUUUUCUCUUUUUUCUCAGCUACAGAGUUUUUCUCUGUUAUUCUUUUUUCUCUCUUUUUCUCCAUUACUCUCUUUUCCUUUUCUUCACUUCUUUUCUUUUUUAUAUUUUUUUAAUCCUUUUUCAUCUUGUCUUUUUUAAUGUUUUUUCCUCCUUUUCUUUUCACUUUUCUUCUCUUCUUCCUUUCUUUCUCCAACUAAUUAUCUCUCUUCUUUUAUUGAUCAACGACAUUUUUCUCUGGCCAUUUUCUUGCCUCUACCCCGUUUCACUUUUUUUUUACCAAAACUCCUGCCUGCAUCAUUCCCGCCACAUUUCCAUAUUAUUUGCCUUGUUUACUCACUUCAUUAUAAUCAUCCACUUUCUUUUAUUUAAUUUCUUUUGUUGCUUUUUUGUCUUUCCAAGUCCUUCGGAGUGGGUCGGGGGUAACCCCAUCCCUAUACACACACAUACAUUUUUUUUUUUCAUUUUCUUUUACCAUUAG